GUGUAAGGAAAUGUCAGAUACAACCCUUAGUAUUGUUAUUUCAGUCGUUGGAUGUUGGACCUUUUUGUGAAAAGGGCUAAAACAAAGAAAAACGCAGACAAAAGCAGUUUUUGUUUAAACUAAAAUAAAUCUGAGUAUAAAACAUGUCGUCUUUGAAGGAGAUAUGUGAAGGGAUACCGACAAAUCCUUUGCCGCCAAGGAGGGAAAGGGAGGAGAACGUCCCGCACGCACCAGUGAGAACCCCCGGGCUAACACGAGAUGAGGAAAGGCUCGCUCUGCGGAAUGCUCUUCGUUAUUUUCCACCUUCCGUUCAUGAGACGCUUGUCCAAGAGUUUGCGGAUGAACUGCGGAACUAUGGCCACAUCUACAUGUAUCGCUUUCGCCCCACCAUAGAAAUGAGAGCGUACCCUAUCGGAGACUACCCAGCGCGAUGUCGCCAGGCCGCCGCCCUGAUGCACAUGAUCAUGAACAACCUGGAUCCGAGAGUCGCUCAGUUUCCCCAUGAGCUCGUGACAUAUGGCGGGAAUGGUCAGGUCUUCUCCAAUUGGGCACAGUUCUUGCUGGUGAUGAAGUAUCUGUCGGAGAUGAGCGACGAACAGACCCUGGUCCUGUAUUCGGGCCACCCGGCAGGGCUCUUCCCCAGUAGCCCCGAGGCCCCCAGGGCCAUCGUUACGAACGGAAUGGUUAUACCAAACUAUUCAUCGAGAGAGAUGUAUGAGAAAAUGUUCGCUCUUGGCGUGUCGAUGUAUGGUCAAAUGACUGCCGGGAGCUACUGUUACAUUGGACCACAAGGCAUCGUCCACGGAACGACGUUGACGGUACUAAACGCGGCACGGAAUCAGCUCGGCACGAGUGAUUUGUCUGGAAAGAUUUUCGUCACAUCCGGUCUUGGCGGGAUGAGUGGAGCCCAGGCAAAGGCGGCUGUCAUAUGCGGCUGCGUCGGCGUUAUUGCAGAGGUGUCUGGUGACGCGCUUUACAAACGUCACAACCAGGGGUGGCUGGUCGAGGUCACGGACGACCUUGAUGUGUGCGUCUCAAUGAUCCGGAGAGCCAAGAAGGAGCGAAGAGCAACAAGUAUUGGUUACCAUGGAAACGUCGUGUCUCUUUGGGAGCGUUUGGCGGAUGAAUUUGACAGGACCGGUGACCUACUUGCUGACCUCGGCUCGGACCAAACCUCCUGUCAUAACCCUUACCUUGGAGGCUAUUACCCAGUUCAGCUCACUUUCGAAGAGGCCAAUGACAUGAUGCAUGAAAACCCGGUGAAAUUCAAGAAUCUGGUACAAGAAAGUCUGAGGCGACACAUAGCGGCAGUGAAUCGGCUGGCCGACAAAGGCAUGUACUUCUGGGACUAUGGCAACGCCUUUCUCCUGGAGGCUGGAAGGGCAGGAGCUGACGUAGGUCAGAGAACCACUCUCAACGGUACUUUCUUCCGUUACCCUAGUUACGUACAGGACAUCAUGGGAGAUAUCUUCUCGUUAGGCUUCGGGCCGUUCAGGUGGGUUUGUACCAGUGCCGACCCCACCGAUCUGGACAGUACCGAUGAUAUUGCCACGACCGUGUUGGAAGACAUCAUAAAUGAAGGAGUGAAAGAGAAUGUUAAACAGCAGUACAAUGACAACAUCAGGUGGAUCAAAGAGGCUUCCAAAAAUAAAAUGGUCGUUGGGUCUCAGGCGAGAAUUCUAUAUGCAGAUGACAACGGCAGGGUAGCUAUCGCUGUGGCCUUCAACAAAGCGGUUGCCGAAGGAAAGCUGAGAGGUCCCGUUGUAAUAAGUCGAGACCACCAUGACGUUAGCGGAACGGACAGCCCAUACAGAGAAACGUCAGAUAUUUACGACGGAUCAGCCUUGUGCGCUGACAUGGCCGUACAAAACGCUAUCGGCGAUUCGUUCCGAGGUGCAACGUGGGUAGCGCUUCAUAACGGCGGUGGCGUCGGAUGGGGCGAGGUGAUCAAUGGCGGCUUUGGGCUAGUGCUGGAUGGAACCAAUGAAGCAGAAACUAGAGCCCGUCGUAUGCUAUCAUGGGAUGUUUCUAAUGGUGUUGCUCGACGGAGCUGGGCUGGUAACACUAAGGCUAAGGAAACCGUCUGUAGAAUCAUGGGCGAGAACUCUAACAUGAAGGUUACACUGCCGAACGCAGUCGAGAACGACGAAAUACUGGACCGAGCACUCAAAGACUAAAGUCCUAAAUUACUUUGAUGGAAGCAGAAAUAGGGAUUAUAGUUCCUUUUUGAAAUUAUCAGUUUUUGGCGUAAUAUAUCCCUCUAAAAAGGAACACUUAACUCCGUCAAAACUUUGGCCCGCCAUUAAAUUUCAUUUACAGAAAACAAUUUCGUUAUAUCUCCCGCUAACGUCCCAUUUGCUAUAAAAUCAUUUUCUGUUUCUCAUAAUUCGAUGACCGACUAUAACUGCUAUGUAAACUAUUUAAAUAUCUUAGCCGAUAGCAAUAAUUUGGUUAUGAUUACGUGUUAUUGGAUUUAGAAAAAUAAAGG